AUGUCGCAAGAUACGCCUCUCAAAGUUGGACUCAUUGGCACCGGCAUCUUCGCCCACACCCGCCAUCUGCCCGCCAUCUCCGCCGUCCCCGAGCUAAAGCUCACAGCGUGCGCAAACCGAACCAUCGAAAAGGCACAGGAAUUUGCCUCCAAGUCCUCGAUCCCGCAUGACAAGGUCUACGCCGACAUCACGGCCCUCCUCGCCGACCCCGACGUCGAAGCCAUCGACGCCCUCCUCCCGGCGCAGUACACCCUCGACGCAGUCAACCAGUGCGUCGCAGCGGGCAAGCCGAUCGCGAUCGAGAAGCCGAUUGCGGCGAACCUUGCGCAGGCGAAGGAGAUUGUGCGCAUCUCUCGCGAGUCCGAGUUGCCGAUCAUGGUGCUCGAGAACUUUGCGUUCUGGCACAUCGUCGACGAGAUCAAAGCGGUGCUCAGCCAGAUCGGCGACGUGGUUUACUUCUCGCACUACGCGGUCGCGCCGUUUAAUCCAAACAAUAUAUAUCUCAACACGAGCUGGAGACAAAAGCCCGAGCACGUCGGAGGUUUCUUGUCUGAUGGCGGCGUCCACCAGGUUGCUAUCUUUACCGAGAUCCUCGGUGAGGUCGAGUCGCUCUCCGCCUUGACCACCCAGGUUCAGGAUCAGAGCGGUGACGUCGACACCCUCACUUCGACCCUCAAAAUGAAGUCCGGGGUGUUAGGAUCAUUCACAUACACCUCUGCCGUCUCAGUCCCGCGGAUCAACAAACUGACCAUCCACGGCACCAAAGGCUCCAUCAUCUACGACUUUGCCGACAAAGACAACGCCAAGCUAACCCUCUUCACCCCCGACGAGCCUUCUGGAAAAUCCCUUGCCGUCGAGCGCAACGAGCAAGAAGGCGUGCCUGCUGAGUUCAAGAACUUUGCCGAGGCCGUCAGGGCAAAGGAUAAGAGUUUGCUCAAAGUUCCUUGCGAGAAGGGAUUCCACCAUUUCGCAGUCAUCUGCGCGGCAGUGGAGAGUGGGAAGCAGGACGGCACCAGCGUCAAGGUCGCUGUGCCUUAA